UCAGAAAGAAAGGAGGCUUCGUCUUUACUUUGUUUCUAUUUUCAAUGUCAAUUUUUCUCGUGCUAUGAAGAAUUAAAGUAAUUAAGUCUACGACCUAUCGUUAGCCGGAGGCCUUUUGUUUGAGUCUACGUUUUCUAAAAUACAAGGGAAGCGGCGCUUCCAAGGACGGCUUGCCACUGAUGGCAAACACAAGGGGUGUGUCGACCUCACGUAUCAAGCAGGAAGAAAGCAGCGAAUCUGAUGAGAAUGAUAUAUCAUAUUUUGAAGAUCUGAGCUACUAUGAUUCAAUAUAUUCAUCUAGUGAAGAUGAAGAAUCAUAUAAGGUGAGUGAUGUUUGGAAAAUUAUUCUACCUAACACAGACAUAAAGCACCAGAUUUUUCCUUACACAUUCAAUGCAGGACUGAGUAACAUAAAUUUGUCCUCCAAUGAGAGGUCGAUAAAGUUUUAUGAACUUUUUAUGAAUGAGAAAAUAAUUGAAUAUAUUACACAACAAACAAACGUUUAUGCUGCACAAUCAUUGGCAGGAAAAACUAUAAGUAAAAGUUGCAGGCUAAGAUUAUGGAAAGAUACAAAUACAGGGGAAAUGAAGAAAUUUCUUGGUCUUUUAUUAUGGAUGGGGUUAGUGAAAUACCCAAAAUUAAGUGAUUACUGGAGUACACAUCCCAUAUAUAAAAAUGAUAUUGCACCACAAACCAUGUCACGUAACAGAUUUGAAUUAUUGCUAUCGAUGUGGCAUUUCUCAAACAACGAAGAAGGUAAUGGAGACCAACUACAUAAAAUAAAUUCUCUGAAAGACAUGCUUGAAGAGCUUUAUCAAUACUAUAAUAUACCUGGUGAAUAUUUAUGCAUAGAUGAAACAAUCGUCCCAUUUAGAGGACAAUUAAGUUUUCGUCAGUAUAUGCGUAGAAAACGUCACAAAUAUGGUGUUAAACUGUACAAAAUUGCUGAUACUACUGGAUACACUUAUAGCAUACAAAUUUAUAAAGGUAAAAGUGAAGGAUCACAGGGAAAUGUUUCCUUAUCAACUGAUAUUGUUCUAAAGCUAGGAGAAAAAUAUUUAGGUGAAGGACGUACAUUCACAACAGAUAAUUACUAUACGUCGAUUGAGCUGGCAGAACAUUUAUUAGAAAGAAGUACCCAUCUUAUAGGAACACUGAGAACAAAUAGGAAACGCAUCCCCAAGGAAGUAGUAAACAAAAAAUUAUCUCAAAACGAAAUUAUUGGUAUGCAUAAUGAAAAGGGAAUAGUUGUAGCUAAGUGGAAAGAUAAACGGGAUGUGCUUAUGCUGUCUACAAAACAUGCAACAGAAAUUACUUCUAUAGGUAAAAAAAACUACAAACAAGAAGAAAUUUUCAAACCUAAAAUAGUUCAAGACUACAAUAUUGGGAAAACGGGUAUUGAUUUAUCUGAUCAAUAUUCUAGUUACUCCAGUGCAGUACGAAAGUCGGUAAAAUGGUAUCGCAAAGUUGCAAUGGAGCUUAUAUUUGGGACUACCGUUGUCAAUGCACAUAUUAUUUACAAUAAGAUAGCUGAUAAAAAAGUAUCUAUUACCACCUUCAGAGAGUUUUUAGUGGAAAGCUUACUCAAUUGUGAUAAAAGUCAUCAAAAACCUGCAGCUCGAAACCCGAAAAAACACACAUUGGAAACAGUUAGAGAUGUCGACAAGAGAAACAGAAAACUAAGGAAGCGUUGUGCAUCCUGCUAUGCUAAAAACAGAGAGAAAUUUGGAAGUCGUAAAGCUGAUAAAGCAAGCGUAACGCCACGAGUUGCUUCAUAUUGUGCGCAGUGUCCAGGAAAACCUGCAAUGUGUGCAAGUUGUUUUGUAAAUAUGCAUGAAUGAAUAUUAUAUAUGUAUGUAAAACUUUUAUACUCAUUAUAAAUUUUUUUCUCUAAAUAUACAUUAUUUUGCAAUAUAUGACUUUUGUUCUGUAAUAUUAUUUACUUUAUAUGUAAUAAAAGAUAAUAAUUAAACUAGUUUUUGAUGAUUUUUAACUAUUCACUAUUUAAAAAACACUAUCAGAUAUAAAAUAGUUUUUUAUUAAAAAACACGAUGACCAUGGCUGUCGAACCAGUUCAUGAGGCCACACAACAGCCAGCAGUUUAAACCAACUUUAUAGAUGUCCACAAGAGGCCACCACUAGGAUGUAAAACAACAUCUUAUAAAGCCAGGAUAAUUUAAUUUUGAGUGAAACUACAUUGGUUAUAGCAUUGUCAGGUGGUCGGAUGGCUCUGUACAGCCCUAACUAGUAUGACCACUGGUGCAUCGGAUGGUGGUUAACAUGUUAAUUUCUUCGAUUUUUCUUCAGUGCAAUUGUCAACCUUCAACCUCUUACAACAUUUGUCCUUGAUUUUCACUUCUGGGGCAGCAGGAACAGUGCAGGUUUCUUCCAUAUUGGCAAAAGCCCUGCACCUGGAUAGAUUCUGCUUAUGUGUUGUGUAAAUAUUUCAAAUCUUCUGGCCACAGUUGUUUCUAUUUCAUUAACUUUUUAUAUGUAAAAGCAUAUAAAUAAGAAUUGCACAAUUGCUCUGUGUAAUGAAGUGGCAUGUUUUUUCUGUUUUUCAAACAUUGCCACAAUCUUUCAAUAGUUUGGGUGUGAACCCCUGUAACAGGAUUUACAAAAUUUUCAGCAUGUUUCACUGUUUCGUGUUAUAUUUCAAUUCCUUCCAAAUCAUCAAUGUGAUUAUACCCCUUCCACUCAUCUGGAUAUAUAAUACUUUCUGAAUGUACAAACCUACUCACAACCCAAUUGAGGCUCUCUGAUCGAUCAUUAACAUAACACGCAAAACAUUUCUUGUUCUCUCUACAAAUACCACCUACAACCCAUUUUGUACCUUUCAAUUGCUGACCUUUCUCAUAUUUCCUUUUGCAAACCACAGUCUCAUCUACCUCUGCGGUCUUUCCUGGUCCUCCAAUUUUCAUAUUACUUAAAUUACUCAACGAAACCAUCAUUACAUGUCUAAUAUAAUUUGCCCAAUCAAGAGCAGGUCUUUUACUUACACCUAUGGACAACCAAAUGGAUUUCAAUGAACAGUCAAUACAGAUUAAAUUCCAUAUAAAGGAAAGAAUACUUGACCAGGAUAAAUUGCCACAUUUUCCUUUAAAUGUCUCUUCAUAAGCUGACAUUUUAAGGUUACAUUUCCAACAUCAAAAACUAACACAAUUUGCAUCACUUCUGAAACAAAUUUUACACUUGCCAAUACAUUUAACACACAGUUUUGGUUGUUUGAAGGCCUAGUUUAAUUGUAAAUUUUACGUCUGAUGGAAUUCUUACAUCGAGACAUAAUUCAGAAAAAUCAGAUAACAAAUAAUGAAUGAAAUCCACAGUGGUCCAAUUCUUAAAUUCCAUUAUCAAAAAAACAAAUUAAUAACUAAACUCACUCAAAUAAUCUCAACAGUAAUUUUAACGACUCGCACACCUACCACCCGCACAAAACAAAUUUGCAUAAUUUCUCACAAGUAUACAUUUAUGUCAUAGGAUAACCUAUUUGCAAAUGAACACACAAUGUCACCAGCACCACCUACCGAUGAUUUCUAUUCGCGCCUGUGCUCGAGAUUUUAGAAGGGCAUUCAUGAUGGUCCCAGAUUGUAAACUUCAACCACGUCAUGGCGUUAAAAUGAUGGUUGAGUGCAAGGUCUAUAUACAUAAGGUCAGGACAUGCCAAAUAGUUUAUUAUGACAAUAGUGGAAACUUCUGCCUGCCAUCUGGUGGUUUGAGGAGAUAACUACACUUCACUCCAUUUGUACCAUGUGUAUAAGGAGGCGUUUUGGGGUAUUAAUAUAAAGUUUUGUACAUUUUUAUCUCUCAAUAAUUAGAAUGGCUGGAAGAGGGGUUAUUUGCGCUUUGUAUAGCUGCUUUAAUUAUAAGAUACAAAGUGAUUGUGAGUCGUUUUAUAGAUUCCCUAAAAACAAACAAGUGUAAGUAAAUUAAUAAGCAAUUAGAUUGUUUUCAUUUAUAUCAUCAUUCCUCCUUUUUUAAAAUGUUAUCAUUCAACAUAUGUGUUUAUAUUGAUUUUCUGAUGCACUCAGUGGGCUAUUAAGAUCAGAAGGUCUGAUUUAGACAAGAUUUUGAAAACGAAAGUGCCAGAAUAUUUAAGUAGAAAUUAUGUCAUGUGUUCCAACCAUUUUACGGAAAAAGAUUAUCUUCAGAAAUAUCAGCAUUUUCAAAACAAUUUUAAAUUAAUAUAUUUUUGUUAGAGCCCAUAUGGAAUUAAAACUAAGUUAAUUAGUUAUUUCUUAAAGAAUGCAAAUAUUAAAGGUGUUUGUGAGAAUACGGAUGCUAGUUUUUAUUUUCACACUAACUGCGUAAUAAGCGAGGGUGACUUUCAUCGUCCGAAGGUCACCGACGAGGGACCACGAUGUCACGUGACCCCCAUAUGUCCAAGCGACCGAACGAUAAAUGACCAAAUAAGGAAGUAAGUUUUUCUACGGUGCGGGAGAUGAUAAUAAAUCAGGGAGAAAUGUCAAAAGACAUCAACAAAUUCCCAGAUUUUUCCCACGCAGACCGGGUAUAUAAA